AUGGAAAACAACAUAACUACUAUCUCUCGUGAAGAGCUUGAAGAACUAAGAGAAGCAUUCAGUAAAAUAGAUAUUGACAACAGUGGGUAUGUCAGUGAUUAUGAGCUUCAAGACCUGUUUAAAGAAGCAAGUUUGCCCUUGCCUGGUUACAAAGUCCGGGAGAUUGUAGAAAAAAUCAUUGCAGUGACAGAUAGCAACAAGGACGGGAGAAUCAACUUUGAAGAAUUUGUGUCUAUAAUUCAGGAAUUGAAAAGUAAAGAUGUCAGCAAAUCUUUCCGAAAAUCAAUAAACAAAAAGCAAGGUAUUACAGCAAUUGGAGGAACAUCAGCAAUAUCUAGUGAGGGGACACAGCACUCUUAUUCAGAGGAAGAAAAAGUUGCUUUUGUUAAUUGGAUAAACAAAGCUCUACAAGAUGACCCAGACUGCAAGCACCUCCUACCUAUGAACCCAUCAGAUGCCAGUCUUUUUAAAUCCCUCGCAGAUGGCAUCCUUCUUUGCAAAAUGAUCAACUUUUCACAACCAGACACAAUUGAUGAAAGGGCUAUUAAUAAGAAGAAACUCACUCCUUUCACUAUUUCUGAAAACCUAAACCUGGCUCUGAACUCAGCAUCUGCUAUUGGCUGUACAGUUGUCAAUAUUGGAUCACAAGAUUUGCAAGAAGGAAAACCACACUUGGUAUUAGGACUCCUGUGGCAGAUCAUUAAAGUUGGUCUUUUUGCUGAUAUUGAGAUCUCCAGAAACGAAGCUCUUAUCGCCUUGCUAAAUGAAGGGGAAGAACUAGAUCAGUUAAUGAAGCUUUCCCCAGAAGAGCUCUUGCUACGCUGGGUGAAUUACCAUCUGGCCAAUGCAGGGUGGCAGAAAAUCAGUAACUUCAGCCAAGACAUUAAGGAUUCAAGAGCAUACUACCAUCUGUUAAAUCAGAUUGCACCCAAAGGAGAUGACCUUGAUGAAUUGCCCAUUAAAAUUGACUUUUCAGGAUUUCAUGAUAAAAAUGACUUGAGGAGGGCUGAAUACAUGCUCCAACAGGCAGAUAAAUUGGGCUGCAGACAGUUUGUAACUCCAGCUGAUGUGGUUGCAGGCAACCCUAAACUCAAUUUGGCUUUUGUUGCAAAUCUCUUUAACACAUAUCCAGCCCUACACAAGCCUGACAAUUCAUCUUAUGAUGUCAAUUUACUAGAAGGAGAAAGUAAGGAAGAAAGGACCUUCAGAAACUGGAUGAAUUCACUGGGUGUAAGCCCGUAUGUUAAUCACUUAUACAGUGACCUCUCUGAUGCUUUAAUAAUCUUCCAAUUGUAUGAUAUGACUCGUGUGCCGGUUGACUGGAACCAUGUCAACAAACCUCCUUAUCCGUUACUUGGUGGUAAUAUGAAAAAGAUUGAGAAUUGCAAUUAUGCAGUAGAACUCGGGAAGACAAAAGCCAAAUUCUCACUGGUUGGUAUUGCUGGACACGAUCUAAAUGAGGGUAAUCCAACUCUGACUUUGGCUUUGGUAUGGCAGCUGAUGAGAAGGUAUACUUUGAAUGUACUAUCAGAUCUUGGAGAGGGAGAAAAAGUAAAUGAUGAAAUUAUUAUUAACUGGGUGAAUCAGACACUUGCAAAAGCAAGUAAGAAAACUUCAAUUACAAGUUUCAAGGACAAAUCAAUUAGCACUAGCUUACCUGUCCUAGAUUUAAUAGAUGCCAUUGCACCAAAAGCAGUUCGUCCAGAAAUGGUCAAGAGAGAAGAUCUUUCUUACCAAGACAAACUGAAUAAUGCUAAGUAUGCCAUUUCAGUUGCUCGAAAAAUCGGUGCUCGUAUAUAUGCUCUCCCAGAUGAUCUGGUUGAAGUGAAGCCAAAAAUGGUGAUGACAGUGUUUGCAUGUUUGAUGGGGAGAGGACUGAACAAAAUAAAAUAAUGAAGA